CUGGAGGGAUUCCUGGAGAAGCUGCAGUGUGGGGAUGCUCUAGACCGAGUACUGCCCUCGGUGUCUUUCCACCUCCUCCUUCUGCAGCGGCGGCGGCGGCGGCGGCAGCAGCACUUAGCAGCGCCAACUUGAGGCUGCACCCCGGGCCAGCCCCCCAGGGUGGUGCUCAACUGAGAGGGGGGCUCAGCGCCCCAAGGGGUGUGUGUAGGGUGGGGGUGGCCAGCUGGGACCAGCUGGUGGCCCUGAAAAACCUCCCACACACCCACACCCACACACCCCUUUUGUGUUGCAGGCUGCCCCUCCAAGAGCAGAGGCAGCAAGAGGACGUGUGUGUCUUGCACAGGUCCACGCGGGGAGAGCAGUGGGGACGGAGACCGGCACCACCUUCUGGUCCUCGCUCCAGAGAAAAAGAAUCUGAAAGGACAAAAUACCCCAGAAUUCCUAACAGAACGAUUCACCUGCACCUAAAAUGGUGAGCGAGAGUCAUCAUGAGGCACUGGCCGCCCCGCCAGUCACUACUGUUGCAACCGUUCUCCCCCAUAACGCCACAGAGCCAGCCAGUCCUGGGGAAGGAAAGGAAGAUGCCUUUUCCAAGCUGAAGGAGAAGUUUAUGAAUGAGCUGCAUAAAAUUCCAUUGCCACCGUGGGCCUUAAUUGCCAUAGCCAUAGUCGCUGUCCUUUUAGUCUUGACCUGCUGCUUUUGUAUCUGUAAGAAAUGUUUGUUCAAAAAGAAAAACAAGAAGAAGGGCAAAGAGAAGGGAGGGAAGAAUGCCAUUAACAUGAAAGAUGUGAAAGACUUAGGGAAGACCAUGAAAGAUCAGGCUCUAAAGGACGAUGAUGCCGAAACUGGAUUGACUGAUGGGGAAGAAAAAGAAGAACCCAAAGAAGAGGAGAAACUGGGAAAACUUCAAUAUUCACUGGAUUAUGAUUUCCAGAAUAACCAGCUGCUGGUAGGGAUUAUCCAAGCUGCUGAACUGCCUGCCUUAGACAUGGGGGGCACAUCUGAUCCCUAUGUCAAAGUGUUUCUGCUGCCUGAUAAAAAGAAGAAAUUUGAGACAAAAGUCCACCGAAAGACCCUUAAUCCUGUCUUCAAUGAGCAAUUUACUUUCAAGGUGCCCUACUCAGAAUUGGGUGGCAAGACCCUGGUGAUGGCCGUGUAUGACUUUGACCGUUUCUCUAAGCAUGACAUCAUUGGGGAAUUUAAAGUCCCCAUGAACACAGUGGAUUUCGGUCACGUAACUGAGGAAUGGCGUGAUCUGCAGAGUGCCGAGAAGGAAGAGCAAGAGAAAUUGGGUGAUAUUUGCUUCUCCCUUCGCUAUGUACCGACUGCCGGCAAGCUGACUGUUGUCAUUCUGGAGGCAAAGAACCUGAAGAAGAUGGACGUGGGUGGCUUAUCUGAUCCUUAUGUGAAGAUCCAUCUGAUGCAGAAUGGCAAGAGGCUGAAGAAGAAAAAGACAACAAUUAAAAAGAACACACUUAACCCCUACUACAAUGAGUCAUUCAGCUUUGAAGUACCCUUUGAGCAAAUCCAGAAAGUGCAAGUGGUGGUAACUGUUUUGGACUAUGACAAGAUUGGCAAGAACGAUGCCAUCGGCAAAGUCUUUGUGGGCUACAAUAGCACCGGAGCAGAGCUGCGACACUGGUCAGACAUGCUGGCCAACCCCAGGCGACCCAUUGCCCAGUGGCACACCCUACAGGUAGAGGAGGAAGUUGACGCCAUGCUGGCGGUCAAGAAGUAAAGGAAAGAAGCCUUUCUGCGUUUGCCCACAUAGUGCUCUUUAGCCAGUAUCUGUAAAUACCUCAGUAAUAUGGGUCCUUUCAUCUAUCCAGCCAUGCAUUCCUAACACAACUCUGUGGUACUUCAAAUCCUGUUUUAAUUUGCACAAAUUUAAACGUAGAGAGCCCCUAAGCCCUUCAUUAUGCCACUGCCCUCCAAAUCUACUCUUCUUUUAAGCAAUAUGAUGUGUAGAUAGAGCAUGACUGAAAUUAUUUAUUGUAUCACACUGUUGUAUAUACCAGUAUGCUGAAGAUUUAUUUCUAGUUUGUGUAUUUGUAUGUUGUUAGCGUUUCCUAAUCUGUGUAUAUCUAGAUGUUUUUAAUAAGAUGUUCUAUUUUAAAUUAUGUAAAUUGACUGAAAUAUAGGAGAGCUGAUAAUAUAUUAUAUGGUAAAUAUAGUAUUGUCUGCAUUCCAGCAAAAAUAUCAACUUGUAAGGCACUAGUACAGUCAAACUGACAUCUUAAAGGACAACUUAAACCUGAGCUUUCUACCAAUCAUUUGAGAACCAAGAUACACUGACACCACAUAUUUGGUGGGUGAAUCCAAUUUUGUAGAAUUUCUUCACAGGCAAAUUAGCAUGAUCUGAACAGCAUCCAGACUGACCUCCAGGAAGCAUAGCCACAAAGCAGAACAGCGUCUGUCUGUACACAUCUACAAAGCUAAAACCAGGGCUUCACUCCUACAUUCAAGGAAGCAACUGAACAGGAGUCAAAGAUUUCAUAUUACUGCAUAUAGAGUAACAAAACGACGGUGUUCCGUGUGUGUGUAUGUGUGGGGGGUGUGGGUGUGGGUGUAUGGGUGUGUGGGUGCAUUUGUUUGGGGACGGGGUGGGUGGGAAGAAGCUGAGAAUUCAGCAUUUCUGAAAUAUUGCCUGACUAUUUAAAAAGAAAAAAAAAGUAGCUCUCCGUUAUCACCUUUAUACAAACGUGCAUCCUGUGAAUUCUGUUCCAGAUUUCAUACCUAUAAUAAUUCCAAAAGGUUUGCACAUUAGACUUUGUAACAAAAUAUUUUAUUAUACAAAACCAUAUUAGAAGGAAUGCAGAAUAUUUUUAACACAGCAAUCUGUGCUUAUUACACAAAAUUACUUUGUGGUAAACAGACAGUAUUGUAAUCCCAUCAAAAGAUGAAAAAAUAAACAAUUAGCCAUAGUUCUGAAUGCACUUCAAUUAAGCCAAAACAGCUAGUGAUCUUUUUAUAUGCUCUUUUUACUUAAAUAAGUUUUAAUUUGUCCUUUAAAAAAAAAAAAAAAAAGGUGAAACAAUACCAAGAACAAGUUCUAGCAAACUGGAGCAACCUCUUAUGUAUACUAGAUGCUUGAUUUAGGAGGAGUUUUUAAUGUUCUCAAUGUCAUUAUGUAGUAAAUGGCACUAUUAUGAAGCUACUAGUCAUUCCAUAAGAGUCUUCAAGGACUGCUCUGUGUAACACUGUGACUGCCGUGUGUGCUUAGACACGUAGUUUCCUCAGUGGAUAGCACUCAAUUUAUUCCGUAGUGAUGUUGUAACAAUACUGCCAUUCCCUUCUACUGCACUGCCCAAGGUGUGUGUAGCACAAACAGUUCUCAUUACAAAGGACCAAUUCAGAACUGAAAAGCUAUGCAUAGGACAAGAAAGAUACAUAGACUGGGGUGGAACACACAGCAUUUUGUCAAGCACUGUGCAAUCUUCCAUGUUUUUCCCCACUCUGGUAGACGACCGCUUUGUGGAAGGGCAGCCGAUUAGCUCACGCUGCAUCCACGCACUUCCGUGGCCCAUCGCAGCUCCUAGGCCACAGACAGCAGUGACGCGCUGAGGUGAAAGUUUGUCUUCACGAAUACCAAAACAAGACGGAGGAAAACCGAGCAUUAGCCUCGUGUUCAGACUUUAGGAUACCAUGCCGCGUUUUUCAAAAACUGCAGAGAAUUCAAAAAGGGCUGAUGGGAGGCUUCACUGCACCGGCCUGGCUGUUUUCCUGAUAAAACUAGAAUUCCUGUCAUUCUUCUUUUCUCAUCAAAGAAGAGGCAAGCCCUUGGCCUUUCAGCCCAGUCACCACAGGCAAACUCGUCAGGACUGGGCCAGACACAAAGGACAAGGGAGUAUAACCUCUCUCUCUUCUGUGGAUGGUCCAUAUUUAAAAAAAAAAAAAA